UAUUAGAAGUCAUCGAUGUCGACGAAAGAUGCCAGAAUGCUAGCGAGUCAGAACAUUGUGAUCAUCCUCUGUGGGAACAAGAAGGACCUGGAUGCAGAUCGUGAGGUUACUUUCUUAGAAGCCUCCAGAUUUGCUCAAGAAAAUGAGCUGAUGUUCUUGGAAACAAGUGCACUAACGGGGGAGAACGUGGAAGAGGCCUUUGUACAAUGUGCAAGAAAAAUACUUAACAAAAUUGAAUCAGGUGAGCUGGACCCAGAAAGAAUGGGCUCUGGUAUUCAGUACGGAGAUGCUGCCUUGAGACAGCUGAGGUCACCACGUCGCGCACAGGCCCCAAGUGCUCAGGAGUGUGGUUGUUAAAAGCAGCACGGGAGUGCACAGGUGUUCAGGUGUUAUUUGGGGCACAGUUGUCGGAGCUUGAAGAAGAAGUUUUUUACCACCGUCUUUUUCUACUUUAUACAGAAGUAGAUAUUCCUGCGAAGAAGAAUAAUUUGGGGUAAUAUGCAAGCUAGUAGAUGUGGCACAGCAAAUCAUAUAAUAAAUCUCAUUAAAUGGACAGUACCGUUAGAGGUAUACAUGUAUGUAAAAAUUUUCUGGUCCAUAUUUUCCCUUUCAUUUUUCGUUUAAAUCCUCACUGUGUGCUGUAUAUAGACUCUUACUCAAUACGUCUCCACGGCAUGGUAUCUGAUGUAGGAUCUGAUAGAACGUUGCUCCCAGUGCAGUCUAAAAUUUUAUUUUCCUUAAUCGUCUGAACUAAAACCUGUCGAUGGCGAGUGUACUUUGAUCAUCCUGUCAGCUACAUUGCACAGUUGGUUAUAUUGAUGACCCGGUAUUCGAAGACUCUGGCAUUGACGGCCAGUGAGAUGCUUAUUUACUUCCCAUUUGCCACGGUCCACAAAGUGUUUACGUAACCCACACUUGAAAUACUAGACCAGUAGUUACUCAGACACGGAAAUAAAAUGGAAAAUGGAGUUUUUCCAUGAACUUGACGCUUUCCAGCACUCUGUUGAUUUUACAGCACCUUCGUCCAGAUCGAUUCAGGAAGUGUAGCCAGAGUACCUGCUGUGUUUUAGGCACUGUGAUCAGCACUAAGGAUUCUGUUACCUUUACCCAAACUUACCAGGAAAUCGAUUCUACUUUCGGCUGUUGGUAAAUGCGACGGAUGGUAUAACUGGGGCCGCUCACCUGUUCCCCGUUUGCUGCUCUGUCUGGUCUCCCUGCUGGAAAACACUGUUCGUUACUGUGCUUUUCCUAGGAUUCGGUGUAUGACGUCACUGCCUCUUUUUUCAGUCUUUUAUUGUUUCGUGUUCAUUUUAAGGAAACCCACUAAAUCAAGUUAAUAUUAAAGGAAUACCACUCAUCAAGAAAUUUCUGUAUAGCUUUUGCUGAAUACUUAAAUGCCUUACUACGGUUAUCGAGUUGACAUGUUUUUAAUUCACAUAAGGUAUAUCGAAGUGUAAUAUAUAUUGUAUUACAAAGACUUGUUCUAAUAUUUUAAAAUGUCGAUGCAAAAAACGUAUAACAGAACUUUUCUUUAAAGUUGAAAUACAGUAUUACUUAAGGCCAAAAGGUUAAAAAGCAUUCUUCACCUUAUAUAUGUUCUUUCACUGUGACUUUUCGCUGCAGACUGACUGGUGAAUUUCACUGCCUUUCAGUUAGAAGCUGCCACUGCUUUUGUUGUUCGAUUUAAUCAACAGAGCACAGUGGCACUAGAAACUCUGGGAGGUGACUUGGGUAAAAAGAUCAGUAUGUAUCUGUGUUAGGUGUCUUAAUUUUGCUUUUUUUUUUUUUUUUAAUGCCUGGAAUAUUUUUGUUUUGAAAAGUCAGAAAAUGAAGUAAGUUUUCAGACUGAACUACUACAUGGACCUCGCUGGAAGAAUGUUCGAUUCGGCGUCUCAUUUAUGAUAGUUCUGCAGGCUGCUCACUUUUGAACAGCUCUUUGCAUGGGAUAGGAGCAUGUCUGUUCUGCCACAUCGCUUGAUUCAAAAGCAAGAAUUUUUAAAAUAAGAUGUUAACUUGGUUUACAAAUGAGCCUAUUAAUUAAACCACAGGUACUGCAUAGAAUUCCACAUCGUUUGACCAAUAAAAGUUGCUGGAGAACCAAACCAUGGUGGUUCUUAAUAAAGGCCUUUCAGGAAAAAUGAA